GAAUCAGAUGAAGAUUGACAAGAACAAGACCAUCCAGAUCUCAAUAGUAAUUAAACAAAUUUAGUGUCAUUGGGAUAAAAAUUACAGGGAACAGGCCAAGACCAGCUUAGCUGUACUGUACACCUUUGUGAUGCCAUUCACAGCACAGAAGAGGAGAGAAAAGGGAGUAGUAGCAGUAAAGGGAGUGAAGAGUCCAAAGCAAGAACACAAGAAGAGCAUGUGGGGAGAGAUGAUGAUGAGCACACACCACCACCGCAGGUGAACCGGAGCACCCAAAAAGAGAAGAGAAGAAAAGCAGAAAGAGUAGCAAUAUAUAGUAGAUUAGUAGUGACAGAGAAGGAGGUGGAGAGAAAGAUUGCUGCUGCUGCUGCUCAUGGGAGGCAAAGAACAAACACAGGGAGCCCAUCCCUCGUGAUCAACAGCCAAGAAACUGAGCGAGGUAGUGUGGGAUAAAAGAAAAGGAAAAGAGGAAGGAAGGAGAGGGAGCGAGGUGGUGGCGGCGGCGCAUCGGAGUCCAGCCACUGGCCGGCCGGCCAAUCUGUCCCCUUGCUGACUGUGGUGGAUCUUGGAGACAAGGGUAGGACGAAGAAGAAGAUGGUGUGUUGAUGAUUUCUCCGGUUAUCUGAGAUAUCCAACUUAUUUUAGAUUAUAUGGGUAGUACUCGGAGACAGUAGAGAGUGACAUAAAAGGGUAGUAUUCUCUUCAAUUUCUAGUUACCUGGAGAUCAAAUGUGACAAAUAUGCACACAAGGGUAGCAUCUUCAGAUGUUCUUAGAGCAAGCAUUUCUAGUGCACCUAGUACAUCUAGCCAUGGUUCUGCACCAGAUGACUGUGAUUCUUUAGGUGAUGUCUACGUGUGGGGUGAAGUUUUUUGUGAAAACUCUGUACGGGUUGGUUCUGAUACUGUAAUUAAAUCAACGGAGAAGACUGAUUUCCUCCUCCCAAAGCCAUUGGAGUCCAGAUUAGUUCUUGAUGUUUAUCACGUAGACUGUGGGGUCAGGCAUGCUGCAUUGGUCACAAGAAAUGGUGAGGUUUUUACAUGGGGUGAAGAUUCUGGAGGCCGCCUCGGCCAUGGAACACGAGAAGAUUCUGUUCACCCUCGUCUAGUGGAGUCUGUAGAAGCUUGCAAUGUAGAUUUUGUUGCUUGUGGGGAGUUCCAUACUUGUGCUGUGACAACAACAGGCGAACUAUAUACCUGGGGAGAUGGAACUCACAAUGUUGGACUUCUGGGGCAUGGUACUGAUGCAGGACAUUGGAUACCCAAGAGAAUUUCUGGAGCACUGGAAGGUCUUCAAGUUGCUUAUGUUUCUUGUGGAACCUGGCAUACAGCCUUGAUUACGUCAAUGGGCCAAUUGUUUACCUUUGGAGAUGGUUCUUUUGGGGUAUUAGGCCAUGGAAAUCUAACUAGCAUUUCAAGUCCAAGGGAGGUAGAGUCACUCUCAGGGUUGAAAACAAUAGCAGUUGCAUGUGGUGUAUGGCAUACUGCAGCUAUUGUCGAGGUUAUUGUCACUCGGUCUAGUUCAAGUGUGUCCGCUGGAAAACUAUUUACCUGGGGAGAUGGUGACAAGCAUCGACUUGGCCAUGGUGACAAGGAAUCAAAACUCAAUCCCACCUGUGUGGCCUCGCUUAUUGAUCAUGAUUUUUACAGGGUAGCAUGUGGUCACAGUCUUACUGUAGGCUUGACAACUUCUGGACAAGUGUUGAGCAUGGGUAAUUCUGUUUAUGGUCAGCUUGGAAAUCCUCAUUCAGAUGGAAGGCUUCCGUGUUUAGUUGAAGAUAGGAUUGCAGGUGAACAUGUUCUCCAAGUUGCUUGUGGAUCCUACCAUGUUGCAGUAUUGACAAGCAGGAGCGAAGUUUUUACAUGGGGAAAGGGAGCCAAUGGAAGAUUAGGCCAUGGAGAUAUAGAGGAUCGCAAGGUACCUACCCUGGUUGAAGCACUGAAAGAUAGAGCAGUUCGGCACAUAGCCUGUGGUGCAAACUUCACGGCUGCUAUAUGCCUUCACAAAUGGGUUUCUGGAGCUGACCAGUCACAAUGCUCUUCAUGUCAACAGCCAUUUGGAUUUACACGAAAGAGGCAUAAUUGCUAUAACUGUGGACUUGUCCAUUGUAAUGCAUGCACAUCGAGAAAGGCUUUGAGAGCAGCAUUGGCUCCUAAUCCAGGGAAACCUUACCGUGUUUGUGAUUCUUGUCUCUUGAAAUUGAAGAAUGCCUCAGAUUCUGAUUCAUUUAAUAAGAGGAAAGACAUUGUUUCCCACCUUUCAGGUGAAAGCAAUGGUGACAACAAAGUAUCGAAAACCAUCUUGCCUAGCAAUAUGGAUAUAAUUAGGAGUUUGGAUAGCAAGGCAGCAAGACAAGGGAAGAAAACUGAUGCAUUGUCAUUUCUCCGGACUCCUCAAGUUAGUUCACUACUGCAGCUGAGAGAUAUUGCUUUGUCUGGUAGUGCAGACAUGAGCAGAUCAGCUCCAAGAGCAGUGCGUACAUCAGCGGUUCGGUCAGUAACCACUUCAAGAGCUGUUUCCCCUUUCUCUCGGAAGUCUAGUCCACCACGUUCUACCACACCAGUUCCAACAACUCAUGGCCUUUCUUUCUCAAAAAGUGCUGCUGAUAAUAUGGCAAAAACAAAUGAGCUCUUAAACCAGGAAAUCGAAAGGCUACGUGCGCAAGUUGAUAACCUCAGACAUCGUUGUGAACAUCAAGAACUUGAGCUGCAUAAAUCAGCCAAGAAAGUACAGGAGGCCAUGACACUGGUUGCAGAGGAAUCCGCAAAAUCUAAAGCUGCAAAAGAGGUUAUCAAAUCUCUAACAGCACAGCUGAAGGAUAUGGCUGAGCGGUUACCGCCAGAACAGGGCACUUACGAUGUCAGUGAGGCAAAGCCGGUGCACAUUCCAAAUGGCAUCGAUUCACACAUUGCAAUGUACUCUAGCAUGAACGGAGCUCGCCAGCCACGGAAUGAGCUGCUGCUCAAUGCUUCAAAUCCGCAAGGCCUGAACUCUGGACGAUCAUCGCAUCCAAAUGGAGUGUCAAGUCAGCAUAAGCUGGUAGGUGAAGCUAGCGAAGGCAGCGCUCAAAGCCAUAGAAUGACUACAAGUCCACGCAAGCUGGAUCUUCGCCAUCGAAGAGCGCACAGCAACAGCGAUGACGUUCUGAGCGCGAGCACUAGAGCGGAUGAGAAUGUGAGCUUGGAUGCAAUGUCCCUGCAAAAUGGUGAGGAUGGCUACAAGCCUCGAGGCACAGUGUCAGUAUCCAGCAGCCAGGUUGAGGCUGAGUGGAUUGAGCAGUAUGAACCAGGCGUGUACAUCACACUCACAGCCCUCCCUGAUGGGACAAGGGAUCUCAAGAGGGUCCGUUUCAGCCGAAGACGUUUUGGGGAGCAUCAGGCUGAGAACUGGUGGAAUGAGAACCGUGAGAAGGUGUACGAGAGAUACAACGUCAGGAGCUCCGAGCGAGUGUCAUCUUCUGCAGCCUCCACCCGCUCAGCCUAUUGACCUGCUUCCUGUUUUUGCAUACAUGGAAAAAAUAACUGCAAGGGACACCCGAUAGCUGCAAAUAUGAUCAGAUGAUACUCUAAUAUUGAUAUUAUGUCAAUAGCAAAUUUUGUUGUGCCAACUGCCACAGUUGUGCUCUUCCACGGCGAGGAUAUAAUCCGUUUAUUCGUCACACACACACACACACACACACAUCAUAUACAUACAGUUGUGGAUACUAUUUAUAAGUUUUUCUACACACGUGGUCAAGGUGACAUAUUAUGAAACGCAGGGAGUAAAAAUUGAGCACCAUUCGA